AUGAAUAAUUUCCUCCCCCCCCCCCACGGGGCCCGCCCCACCCGCCCGCACGACGAUCUCAAAAAAAAACUCCAACCUCCCUGCAACAGGGGGGGGGUGGUGGGGGGGGGGGUGGGGGGGGGGGGGGGGGGGGGGGGGGGGGGGGGGGGGGGGGAGAGGGGGGGGGGAGGGGGGGUGGGGGGGGGGGGUGGGGACGUGUCAAAGACAAACCCACAAUAA